ACGGUGGCUCCAGACGCGAAUGGAAAGAGCUCGUUGAAAGCGCUGGUAGGAAGGGAGUGGAAACCAGGAAGGAGUUUUUUUAAAUUGCUUUUAUUCGGGGGUCGUCUUGUAACAUAAUCCUCCUCAGCAGAGCUUCUGUGAGGAUCAGAGACCGGGGGAGCUCUGAGAAAGUGGCGCUUUGUGCAGCUCGGAGCCAAAUAAGAAGCUUUAGUUUAAAUCGGGCUCUCAGCGUCACCGCGUCGCUGCUGCUUUUUCACCCAAUCAUUAAAAUAAAGAAAACUUUUUUUUAAAAAUACACAUUUUUACUCUUUUGACCACAUGAACUGUGAGCGCUCGCUGCUGCUCAUCAGAUUUGGACUCGUGCUGAAACCAGAAAUAGCCCCUGCUUGAAGGAGCGGUGUCAUCCAAUCAUUUAGAUCUGCCUGGGACCAACACCAGCUGCUGAACGGGAUCCUUGAAUCACCUGGAGUCUUGCAUUUGACUCCUCUCCGUCGCCUCCCUCCAACAGAAGCCAUUUUUAAGUCUUGAUUUUUGCUGCUCCGCCUUCUUCCUCAUCAUCACACUUUCCUCCUCUUUCAAACCAUCAUGGCUCGGGUUUGGCUCUUGGCCUGCGCCCUGGUCCUCCUCGUGGGGCUGAGCCGCUCCGGAGCCCAGCAGGCCGGCUCCGAGGGCCCGCCGGUGGUCACUCUGCGCACCGUCAUCACCGGGACCUGCCAGGAGCUCCAGCGGUAUGCAGAGUCGGUUCUGGGGACCAACGUGAUCCGAUCCACCGCUGAGAGUGCAGUGCCGUUUCUAGAGUCACUGCUUGGUCAGGAGAACGUCUACACAAUGGCCAUGUUUUUUGAAACGGUGAUCCGAUUCCUGGCCGAAGGAGCUGCCAGCGGCCUGAAUGUCAUCGCCGUUUACGUGGCAGAGAUCCUCAGGGUCACGGGAUUCGAUGUUGCGUUGACGCUGCCACGCUUCACUCCGGAGGGUGUGACUGCCGUCGCCCAGUGGGGUCUGGUGGGCCUCAUCGGGUACUGGGUGCUGGCCAUCAUUCUCCGCCUCCUGAUCGGCGUUUUCAGGCAGGUGUUCUGGCUGGUGAAAAUGGUCCUGGGGCUCUGGCUUUUCGGACUGAUCGUGACCGACAAGCACGCCUCCGCAGAGACCACGGCGACCCGAGUGGGGGUCCUGGUGCUGGUGUUCGUCCUGCUGACUCUGCUCACGACUGGCUUCGAUAAGUCCUCCGCCGUGGAGCACCGGCUGAGCAGGCUGGAGAGGCGGGUGAGGGACGUGGAGAGGACGAAAGCUGAUUAGAGACCGGGACAGAGCUGGUGUCGAUGCAGGCGCAAGAAGAGUGGCGACUUGUGCUUUCUUUUAUCUGUUACAAACUUGAGAAAUAAAGUAAUCUUUGACAUUUUUAAUCAG